GGAUCGGGACGCGUGCACCGCGUUUGGACGUAUCGCUCCAACCAUAAUAUUAUUAUAUUCCCUUUGUGAUCGCACAGCCCAUCAAACAUUGAUUGAUAUACCUCUUCCAACCACACUGCAGAGAGAGCCUUCCAAAGGCAACAGACAUCCACACACCACAAUGUCCACCCAAGCCGCAUCCAGCAUUCUCUUCACCCACACAACCCCUCAGCAGGGCUUCAAACUCUUAGAACUCCCCUCCGAACUGGCCGAUCUCCUCACAUCAAAAGAAGCCCCAACCCUAGAACUAAAAUCCCUGAACCCCUCCCCCUCCCAAAGCACAACAGACCCCGAGAACCACGACUACGUCAACCUCUGCACCGCAACGAAAACCUACCGAGUCCGCCAAGUCCACUCCUCCAACUCGAUCCACAUAAUCCGACCCAGCGACUCCGGCGUCCAAAGAGGGGAUAUUAAUAUCGUCGGCGGCGAAGACGAACUAAACCUCGUUGAAACAGUCACUGCCAUCGCGAAAUGUGGUUCGACGCUGGAACUGCAUACGCCGCCUGAGGGAUUCUCCGCUGUCCCUGUUUUGGAGCGGAUACUGCCUGUGUAUGAGGAUGUGGAGGAAGUGGGGAAGGAGGUGGACAUAGACGCGGGGGAUGUGAUUCGGAGGGUUUUUGCUGAUGUGCCUGUGUCGCAGGCGCAGUGUGAGAGGGGGUGGAUUGAGGUUUGUGGGUUUGUGUUGGGGCGCGGGGAUGGGGAUGUUGUGGGGUUGUGUCGGAGGCCGUCGGCGAAGGUUAAGUUGGGAGUGUGGAGGAGGGUGUUGGAGGGGGCUGUGUUGCAGGGGGUUGAUCUUGAGAGGCAGUUUUUGGUGUGGGAUUUGUGGAAAUCGGUGCUUGAGGAGGACGGGGGGAGUCCUUUUCCGAGGGCGUUGUUUGAGGCCGUUGUUCGCAGGGUCUGUGAGGGGGAUGGGUUGUUUGUGGAUGGAGGUUUGAAGUGGGCUUCUAUCGAUAAGGCAAGCUGCACGCAGUGGGUUGGCGAUACUUACUUGGAGGCUAUGGCGCCAACUGCUGCUUCUGGUAUCGGGAGAAGUGAGUUCCUGAAUGCUUGGAAGGAUCUUUUGCCUGAGUCCUGGCGGAAUGAUGUCGCAUUCUCGAAAUUGACAGAAAAUUCGUACAAGCAUCCAGAUCCGACGACUAUUUGCUUCGUCGAUGGCGCUGAUCGCCAGAAAAUAAAGAAAAAUGUCUCAACAGAUGCGAGCGCCGCCACGGCAGCCAAAAAGACGAGAAAUUGGCACGAGCUGUUCAAAAAUCAAAAACGCCAGAAACGCUAAGCUAGGUCCGCAAGAUGCUCGAGCGUCGCAUCUAUGAUCAAGCCGGUUUACUCUAGAUAG